AUGCAGGGAGACAGAAGAGAGGCCGAGAGCGAAGUGCGUCAGGGAGACAGAAGAGAGGCUGGGAGACAGGAGAGAGGCAGAGAGAUAGAAGAGAGGCAGAGACAGAAGAGAGGCAGGGAGACAGAAGAGAGGCCGAGAGCGAAGUGCGGCAGGGAGACAGAACAGAGGCUGGGAGACAAAAGAGAGGCAGGGAGACAGAAGAGAGGCUGGGAGACAGAAGAGAGGCUGGGAGACAGAAGAGAGGCAGGGAGACAGAAGAGAGGCAGAGAGACAGAAGAGAGGCAGGGAGACAGAAGAGAGGCUGGGAGACAGAAGAGAGGCAGGGAGACAGAAGAGAGGCAGGGAGACAGAAGAGAGGCAGGGAGACAGAAGAGAGGCAGGGAGACAGAAGAGAGGCAGAGAGAGAAGAGAGGCUGGGAGACAGAAGAGAUGCAGGGAGACAGAAGAGAGGCAGAGAGAGAAGAGAGGCACGGAGACAGAAGAGAGGCAGAGACAGAAGAGAGGCAGGGAGACAGAAGAGAGGCAGGGAGACAGAAGAGAGGCUGGGAGACAGAAGAGAGGCAGAGAGAGAAGAGAGGCAGGGAGACAGAAGAGAGGCAGGGAGACAGAAGAGAGGCAGAGAGACAGAAGAGAGGCUGGGAGACAGAAGAGAGGCAGAGAGAGAAGAGAGGCAGGGAGACAGAAGAGAGGCAGAGACAGAAGAGAGGCAGGGAGACAGAAGAGAGGCAGGGAGACAGAAGAGAGGCAGAGACAGAAGAGAGAAGAGAGGCAGGGAGAGAGAAGAGAGGCUGGGAGACAGAAGAGAGGCAGAGACAGAAGAGAGGCAGGGAGACAGAAGAGAGGCAGGGAGACAGAAGAGAGGCAGAGAGACAGAAGAGAGGCUGGGAGACAGAAGAGAGGCAGGGACACAGAAGAGAGGCAGGGAGACAGAAGAGAGGCAGAGACAGAAGAGAGGCAGGGAGACAGAAGAGAGGCAGAGAGAGAAGAGAGGCAGGGAGACAGACGAGAGGCUGGGAGACAGAAGAGAGGCAGGGAGACAGAAGAGAGGCAGGGAGACAGAAGAGAGGCAGAGACAGAAGAGAGGCAGGGAGACAUAAGAGAGGCAGAGAGAGAAGAGAGGCAGGGAGACAGAAGAGAGGCUGGGAGACAGAAGAGAGGCAGGGAGACAGAAGAGAGGCUGGGAGACAGAAGAGAGGCAGAGAGAGAAGAGAGGCAGGGAGACAUAAGAGAGGCAGGGAGACAGAAGAGAGGCAGAGAGACAGAAGAGAGGCAGAGAGAGAAGAGAGGCAGGGAGACAGAAGAGAGGCUGGGAGACAGAAGAGAGGCAGGGAGACAGAAGAGAGGCUGGGAGACAGAAGAGAGGCAGGGAGACAGAAGAGAGGCUGGGAGACAGAAGAGAGGCAGAGACAGAAGAGAUGCAGGGAGACAGAAGAGAGGCCGAGAGCGAAGUGCGGCAGGGAGACAGAAGAGAGGCAGGGAGACAGAAGAGAGGCCGAGAGCGAAGUGCGGCAGGGAGACAGAAGAGAGGCAGGGAGACAGAAGAGAGGCCGAGAGCGAAGUGCGGCAGGGAGACAGAAGAGAGGCUGGGAGACAGAAGAGAGGCAGGGAGACAGAAGAGAGGCAGAGAGAGAAGAGAGGCAGAGAGAGAAGUGCGGCAGGGAGACAGAAGAGAGGCAGGGAGACAGAAGAGAGGCAGGGAGACAGAAGAGAGGCCGAGAGCGAAGUGCGGCAGGGAGACAGAAGAGAGGCAGAGACAGAAGAGAUGCAGAGAGACAGAAGAGAGGCAGAGAGACAGAAGAGAGGCAGAGAGACAGAAGAGAGGCUGGGAGACAGAAGAGAGGCAGGGAGACAGAAGAGAGGCCGAGAGCGAAGUGCGGCAGGGAGACAGAAGAGAGGCAGAGACAGAAGAGAGGCAGAGAGACAGAAGAGAGGCUGGGAGACAGAAGAGAGGCAGGGAGACAGAAGAGAGGCUGGGAGACAGAAGAGAGGCUGGGAGACAGAAGAGAGCACUUCAGUAUGCCUCAAUGA